GAUAUGAUUCGCACGGCACGCAUCGCUGGCGUGCUGCAGACCAUAAUAUGUUGCAUCCAUAUGCUGGUGUGCGUGUCGGUGAUGGCGGUGGCGGUGGGCCUGCACCGCAGCCUGGAACACUACCGCGCUGCCCUCUACCCCUACUCGACGCUUAUUCCCGUCGUGGCGACGGUUGCCGCCGGAUUGGACAUGCUGGCCGCCACCGCUGCACACAUCACGCUGCUGCGACGUCGCCCCAUGCCGCUCUGCUAUGUAAGCCUAAUUGUGGCUGCACUUUUCACAAUAAAGAGUGUAGUUUUCGUUAUGGGCUUUGCAUAUCAGUCCUACUUCUACAACUAUGCAGAGAUAUACUUUGAUCAUCUAGCAUUGACGUAUUUGGAAAAUCCUCAGCCAGUUGAUGAUAUACAAAUCAAUCUGGACUGCUGUGGUAAAAUUGAUGCAGGUGACUGGUUCAACAUCACUGGAUUUAUUCCAGCAUCAUGUUGUCCAAAAAGGAAUCCUGGAAUAACAGAAAGUCGCUGCAGAAUACCUGAAGACUUUUUCACUGUAACUCCAUAUGGAUGCCUGAGCAGACUCGAGGCAUUGCUGGAGCAUGAAAUUAUUUCAGUUCUUCUGAUACUGAUGCUUGGUGUUCAGAUAACACAGGCGCUGCUCUUCUGCACAGCCUGCAUUGGAAGUGCAAGCUUACGAAUGCAAGAAAAACAGAACAAUACAGUAACUGCUUCAGGAACCACCAAUGAGAGAUGAAGUGAAAUGUAUACAUGGCAACUAUUGUGAAUGACUUUGAAUCUCUACAAUGUUUGGAAAGUGUUGAAACAGCAACCUGAUUAUAUAAAUGAAUAAGGUUGUCACUCAUAAUUGGCAAAAUGUGUCCAGAUGUAACUAAUCUUAAUACUGAAACAAGGACAUAAGAAAAUAAGUUUUACAUCACAUAGAGCUCUGUAUUCUAAAUAAGAACACAGGAUAACACAAACAGACCAGUAAAGAGGAACUGUAAUGUCAUGGUUCAAAAUGGUUCA